AUGACGAGGAUCCGCCUACGGGGGGCGGGCCACGCCGACGGCCUCCUGGCAGAGCUGGACCGCUGCCGGCAAUCUGGCCGCUACUGUGACGUUUUACUGCGAGUGGGCGAGCGCACCUUUCCUGCCCACCGCGCCGUGCUAGCCUGCGCCGCCGCUUACUUCCACCGGCUGUUCGGGGAGGGGACCGCCGCCCCGGCCGACCACGUUUUUCCGCCGGACUGGAUUUCGCCAUCAGACUUUGAAAAAGUGCUAAGCUUCAUGUACACUGGUGAGAUCUCCACCGAGCUGGUCAACGUGGGGGUCGUGUACGAGCUUGCCCAGCGGCUGGGCGUCGGCCGGCUGGCCGCCGCAUGCCUCGACACCUUCCCGGACUUGCGGCCGUCCGCUUCCUUCCCGGACCCGUGUUCCGAGGACCUCCUGGCUGCCAAGGAACUCCCGGCGGCAGAGGAACUCCCAUCCGCCAGGGAACUUCUGUCCGCCGAAGAACUUCCGCCUUCCGUCUGUUCUUCCGCCACGUCCUGCUCAUCCCUGUCCUCGCUGGCCACCACCAGCGACUUGAAGAUAGAAGACGUCCGCUCUUGCCCACCUUCUGGGCAAACACUUGCCGAUGGACCUGGUGUCCGCAUUUCUGCUUCCAGGCUCCGCCCGAAGGAGCAGACACUGGAGACACACGAGUCUGUCCAACACGUGGCGAUGAGCGACCCGGAGGCGUCGGCUUCCCCUUCCUUCCGACCGUCGCCGGCUCUGCUCGAACCGGGGACCUCGCAGAGUGCCCUAGAGUCGACGUCCUCGCCAGCGGAGGAGGAGCAGCACGGCCCACCGGUGGGGGAAAUUAUCGAACUGAGCGAUGACGACAACGACUCGGCAGAAGACGAGCCGGUCUACGUGGCAAACGGCGAUGGAUGCAAGGUGGCGAGCGACGUGCUGGUGUGCGGGGUCUGCGCGGCUCCCCUGCCGGCGGACGCGACGGCCUUGAGACGACACGCCGAGAGCCACGUGACCGAACAGGGACGCUGUGGGCCGUGCGGCGCCUCUUUUCUGGACCGCGCCGCCGCCGCCCGGCAUUCCCUGGCCCACGUGGGCGUGCGUCUUUUCUCCUGCGACAUGUGCCGGCGGGACUUCUGCAGCCGCGAGAAGCUGCUGCGCCACCGUCGCCGUGGCCGGGAGGGCAUCUCGGCGCCACCGCUGCCCGAUAGAGACUCUCCAACACUACGCUGUGCCGUGUGCACUCAGGAUCUCAGCAAGGACUUCCAGACGGUGAGAGCGCACGCGCUGGGGCACGUGCGCGCGGCAAGCCUGAACUGUGGAGUGUGCGGCAUUGGGCGGCCCUCACUGUGUGCCCUGCUGUGGCACACCCUGGCCCAUCUCUCACUGCCCGUCUUCAGCUGCCCUCGUUGCACCGUCUGCUUCGUGGAGCGCCCUCGGCUGGAGGCGCAUUUGGCCAUCGCCCACGCCGAGGAGCGAGAGGACAUCCGGGCGGUGACGGUCGGAGAGGAGAGUCUCGCUCCGCGCGCUCGUGCUGGGAAAUGGUACCGCUGCCGCUACUGCGGCAAGCGCUUCGCCCACUCAGGAGAGUUCACCUAUCACCUGCGCAUCCACACGGGGGAGAAGCCCUACCAGUGCAAGGUGUGCCUGCGCUUCUUCCGAGGCCGCUCCACAAUGAUCUGCCACCUGAAGACGCACGCCGGCGCCCUGAUGUACCGCUGCACCGUCUGCGGUCUCUACUUCUCCACGCUCAAGAUGAUGUCGGCGCAUGUGCGCGAGCGGCACGAAGACCGCCUGCCGCCCGACUUUAACAUCCGCCACACUUUCAUGUAUAACGAUCGCUCCAAAGAGAUUUCCCCCGACGACGACGGAGCGCAAACCUACAAAUGA